CGACGAACUCGACAUCUCUCCCGACGUCAACUCGGAUCAGCGAGCACGGAUCGAACAGACUAUCGUCAAGCAUAAAACCGCCUUUGGUCUCGAUGGCCGCCUUGGGAACUAUCCCGCUCAUGUCGAGAUCAAGUUGAAGCCGGAUGGACUCGUGGAUACAAUUGGGCGUCAUUGAGCCGUCAAAAAGCCCUUGGGCCGCUCCAGUUUUUAUUACUUAUCGCAAUGUUUCCUCUCCCGCGUCAAGACGAUAUCUUGCAAGCGUUGCAAGGCUCUCAAUGGCUCACGAAAAAUUAGCCUUUCGUUGUCAUCGUGGUCUCUGGCAGUUCAAGCGUAUGCCAUUCGGUUAUCGGAAUGGGCCGAGCGUAUUUCAACGCGUCAUGCAAGGUAUACUCGCCCCCUUCCUAACUUCGAGGACCACGUCAAGCAUCUCGACCAAGUCUUCGAGGCUAUUGCUGCUUCAGAAGGUCUCCCGACUCGGACUCUCUACGCACAAGGAGAAGGUCGACGCGAUUCUCGAUCUCGAGGAGCCCCGAAACCCUUUCUUCAACUUGUUGAAGAAGGACACGCCUUGGAGCUGGACUGAGGUUCAUCGCGAGGCCUUCGACCUAUGCAAGCAGGUUCUUACGAAUGCACCCGUAUCCUUCAACAAGUCCAGCCGAUCCUCGUUCGGGAUUUACGAGGUACAAAGGCUUACGAUCAACUUCUACGCGCGUACAAGAGCAAGCAGCCUAUUCCUCGCCUGGUGACGACGGUCUCUAAGGACCUGGACGACGUCCCCGUGAAUGGUGAGUGGUCCGAUAAUUUCGAGGACACCACGGAAUUACUCGCCGACGGAGCGUGAGGCAUUGGCACUCAAGGAGGCUU